GGAGUCUGACAGGACAGGUUUUCCUUUCUGUUCCUGCUACCGUUGAAGAUCAGAGACAGAAGUACUGCUUUCACGGUGAGGUUCCUUGGGAAGAGAUUCUGAUGUGUUGAGAGAUGAGUUCUCAGGUAUUAUGCCCAGAGGAAUAAGGCUGAUGAUAAAGCAACUGAAAAGUGCUCGUGUUGUCAGACAUAAAGGCUAAUUCUCCAAAAUGCGGAGCACUCAACUUAAGUGUUGUGAAUUAGUAUCUCUUACAUUAUUCCUUGAAUGAUAGACACGCAGAGCUUGGAUUAGAUAUGCAGAGGAGAAGAAGUUUCAUUGAUGAUUUCUUCAUAGAAUACAACCUUGGUGUUAAAUUCAGUCACUGAUUAUUGCUAGGGAUAUUCCAUGUCAGCACAAUUUGAAAAUAGAGCCUGAAAAAGGCUCCUCAGUCGGUAUUUAUGGAGUGCGCACAGUGCCCAGUUCUGUACUAAACUUUGUGGUGAUGAAGGUUUGCUUUAUAUGGUACUCUGGUUUGAGUUUGGCCUCACCAAAACUCAGGUUGUGUUCCCCAUGGUGGUGGUAUUGGGAGGUGGGCCCCAGUGGGAGGUGUUUGGGCCGUGGGGGCGGAGCCCUCGUGAGUGUCUUGGUGCCAUUCUGGAGGUAGUGAGUGAGCUCUGUGAGCUGUGGUGAGACUGGCUUAGUUUCAGAGACCUUAGGUUGUUAUAAAGUGGAAGUUCCUCCCUCAUGGCAUGUGGCCACUUUGCCAUUGACCUUCUCCCACCAUGUUUUGAUGGAGCACCUUCUGCUGUAAUUUGACUUAGCAUGUGACCCUCACCAUAAGCCCAGCACCCUGUUUCUCAUGCUUCCCCUCUUGCAGAACUCUGAGCUAAAUAAACCUUCCUUUGUAAAUUGCCCAGCUUCAGACACUGUGUUACAGCGAAACAGAAAGGACUAACACUGAGACGUGGCAAUAUAACCUCUGCGCCACCCCGGUUCCCUGUAUUCAGAGCUUUUGUUUGGUUACAUUGUUAUGCCAUAGUGUAACUGAUUUGUCCCUAUGAGUUUCUUCCCUGUUUCUGUGCUGCUUAGGGGUGGGAACUGGUUCUGAUUCCCCUUUAGACACCCCACUGCUUGACAGCACCUGGGCUGGAGUUGUUGACUUGUCUAGCUUGAAUAACAUUUCAUUUUAAUCUACACACUUAAUGGAUUUGACAUUGGAAAAAACUCUUAUGUUGCGUUCUUAUCUGUUAUCAGUGGUUAUUUCAUAGGCCAAGUGUUCCGGUGGUUGGGCAGGACACAACAUAAGCUCCAAAGUCUCCCCGGCCAGUAUUGCACUCAGACAAAAUCAUUGUUGGUGUUCCUGUCCUGCUUUGCUGUGUAGAAUUGUGUAUUUAUUUGAAGUUAAAUCAUCUCAUUCUGUUUUGUUUCUUAUUGACAUUUUUAUUUACAAACCGUUCUUCAUCUUAAAGGUACAGUUCAUUGGCUUUUAACAUACUCACAAAGUUAUACAACCAUCAUCACUGUCCCCAAUUCCAGAAAUUUUCAGCACUCCAAAGAGAAGCCCUAUGACCAUUAAUAAUCACUUCGCAUUUCUCUGUAACCAUUCCCCCAGCUCUAGGCAACUACUGCUUUACCGAUUUGUUACAACUCAAACAAGGGCCAGCAGAAAUUCUCUUUUGACAGAUGUAAUUGCUGCUUAUCAAAGAUUCUGUUCCCGACCCCCAAAAGGAUUUGAAAAAUACUUUCCUAAUGGAAAAAAUGGAAAAGAAGCUAGUGAACCUAAAGAAGUUAUGGGAGAGAAAAAAGGAACAGAGUCAAAGCCAGCUGCUACCACACGCUCUUCUGGAGGAGGAGGAGGUGGUGGUGGUGGAAAACGAGGUGGCAAGAAAGAUGAUUCUCACUGGUGGUCCAGGUUCCAGAAGGGUGACUUUCCAUGGGAUGACAAGGAUUUCAGGAUGUUCUUCCUCUGGACUUCUCUGUUCUGGGGUGGAGUCAUGUUUUACUUCCUGCUCAAGAGAUCCGGGAGAGAAAUCACUUGGAAGGACUUUGUCAAUAACUAUCUUUCAAAAGGAGUAGUAGACAGACUGGAAGUCGUCAACAAGCGUUUUGUUCGAGUGACCUUUACACCAGGAAAAACUCCUGUUGAUGGGCAAUACGUUUGGUUUAAUAUUGGCAGUGUGGACACCUUUGAACGGAAUCUGGAAACUUUACAGCAGGAACUGGGCAUAGAAGGAGAAAAUCGGGUGCCUGUUGUCUACAUUGCUGAAAGUGAUGGCUCUUUUCUGUUGAGCAUGCUGCCCACAGUGCUCAUCAUCGCCUUCUUGCUCUACACCAUCAGAAGAGGGCCUGCUGGCAUCGGCCGGACAGGCCGAGGGAUGGGUGGACUCUUCAGUGUCGGAGAAACCACUGCCAAGGUCUUAAAGGAUGAAAUUGAUGUGAAGUUCAAAGAUGUGGCUGGCUGUGAGGAGGCCAAGCUGGAGAUCAUGGAAUUUGUGAAUUUCUUGAAAAACCCAAAGCAGUAUCAAGACUUAGGAGCAAAAAUCCCAAAGGGUGCCAUUCUCACUGGUCCUCCAGGCACUGGGAAGACGCUGCUAGCUAAGGCCACAGCCGGAGAAGCCAAUGUCCCCUUCAUCACCGUUAGUGGAUCCGAGUUUUUGGAGAUGUUCGUUGGUGUGGGCCCAGCUAGAGUCCGAGACUUAUUUGCCCUUGCUCGGAAGAAUGCCCCUUGCAUCCUCUUCAUCGAUGAAAUUGAUGCAGUGGGAAGGAAGAGAGGAAGAGGCAACUUUGGAGGGCAGAGUGAGCAGGAGAACACACUGAACCAGCUGCUGGUGGAGAUGGAUGGUUUUAAUACAACAACAAAUGUCGUCAUUUUGGCCGGCACUAAUCGACCAGAUAUCCUGGACCCUGCGCUGCUUAGGCCGGGGCGUUUCGACAGGCAGAUAUUUAUUGGACCACCAGACAUAAAAGGAAGAGCUUCUAUUUUCAAAGUUCACCUCCGACCACUAAAACUGGACAGUACCCUGGAGAAGGAUAAAUUGGCAAGAAAACUGGCAUCUUUAACUCCAGGGUUUUCAGGUGCUGAUGUUGCUAAUGUCUGUAAUGAAGCUGCGUUGAUUGCUGCGAGGCACCUGUCAGAUUCCAUAAAUCAGAAACACUUUGAACAGGCAAUUGAGCGAGUGAUUGGUGGCUUAGAGAAAAAAACGCAGGUUCUGCAGCCUGAGGAGAAGAAGACCGUGGCAUACCAUGAAGCAGGCCAUGCGGUUGCCGGCUGGUAUCUGGAGCACGCAGACCCGCUUUUAAAGGUAUCCAUCAUCCCACGUGGCAAAGGACUAGGUUAUGCUCAGUAUUUACCAAAAGAACAAUACCUCUAUACCAAAGAGCAGCUCUUGGAUAGGAUGUGUAUGACUUUAGGUGGUCGAGUCUCUGAAGAAAUCUUCUUUGGAAGAAUUACAACUGGUGCUCAAGAUGACUUGAGAAAAGUAACUCAGAGUGCAUAUGCCCAAAUUGUUCAGUUUGGCAUGAAUGAAAAGGUUGGGCAAAUCUCCUUUGACCUCCCACGUCAGGGGGACAUGGUAUUGGAGAAACCUUACAGUGAAGCCACUGCAAGAUUGAUAGAUGAUGAAGUACGAAUCCUUAUUAAUGAUGCUUAUAAAAGAACAGUAGCUCUUCUCACAGAGAAGAAAGCCGACGUGGAGAAGGUUGCUCUUCUGUUGUUAGAAAAAGAAGUAUUAGAUAAGAAUGAUAUGGUUGAACUUUUGGGCCCCAGACCAUUUGCGGAAAAAUCUACCUAUGAAGAAUUUGUGGAAGGCACUGGCAGCUUGGACGAGGACACCUCGCUUCCAGAAGGCCUUAAGGACUGGAACAAGGAGCGGGAAAAGGAGAAAGAGGAGCCCCCGGGUGAGAAAGUUGCCAACUAGACACCCAGAAGGAGGCCGUCUCAGUCUGUCCGCUGUGGUUUCAGCUGGUGCAUUAUUUCGGCUGUGGCCUUCAGAAGAAUGGAAAUGCUGCGCUGACUUCAGCCAGCCACUGGCCCAGCUGAAAUGAUGGGGAGAGGAGUCCUUAGUCCUUUCAGCCUCGGAGGUCACAGUGGGUGGCAGGUGACUUUCCGGAGGCCUUGAGGGAAAUGCACACUGUCCCACAGCCUCAUUGGGCUCCCAGAUGGGCUGGAAAGCUUGAGCCCAGAGUGGCCGAGGCUGGACCCUGGGGCACCAAGUGGGGUCGGCUGACCGUGCGGCAGGGAUCGUUGCACUGGACUCUUAGCGUGUGGGAAGAUGCUUUCUCUUUGUCGCCCACUCUUCAUUCCUGUUUUUCCUCAGUUCCCCUAUGCAGAUGGGCUGUGAAAUUAAAUUGGAGUCCUGAUAAGAACAUUUUAAUUUGACUUAAUAUUUUAAAGAUUGAAUCCAGAUCACCUGUUGCUGUCUUAAUGGAAUGGUUUUCUACAGGAGCUGUAACAUACUUAAAAAUAUGAAUGUAUUAUGUAAAUAUGGCUUCUUUACAUAAUAAAAUGUCCACACUGUACCUUGUUU